AUGCACACGCGCUUGAUGGAUGAGAUGUUUCACGUCGUCGGCACGGAUGUUAGCUCUGUUGUGCCGGCCUUGUUGGUCGCAGUUGGCGGCUGGAUCGGUGGGCUGCUUCGGCCGAGCACCCGCGGAGACGCUAGCGGACAGCACCACGAGGUGCGGCAGUCUGAGGGCGGCGAACAAGGCGACCCGCAUAUGCCUGCCCUCUACGCCAUCGCUCAACACCCCGCCCUCGCAGCCGUUCACGCGCAACUGCGGGAGGGCGAGGCGAUCUUUGCCUGCCUCGACGGGGAUUGGCCUGUGCCACGCGACCGUCAAGGCCUUCUCGUCCUCGGCACGCCGCUCGGUACCGACGAGUACGUCCACGGCAUCCUCACCGCGAAGCGGGCACAGCACGAUCGCCUCCUCACCCGCAUCCCCGAGGUCCCAGACUUGCAGGCGGCGUGGCUGCUACUGCACUACUGCGCCACACCCUACCUCCUGCGGAACGUCCCGCCCGCACUCACAGCCCAGUUCGCUGCAGAUUGCGACGCCGCUCUUGCGACCUGCCUCGGCUCCCUCAGCGGCGAUCAGCUCCCAGCUGCUGCAGUACGGACCUCGCAGCUUGCCCUUGGGUUCGGCGGCCUUGGGCUGCGCUCGGCAACCGCCGACCGCCAUGCCGCGUGCUGGGCCUCUUGGCUCGACGGCCUAUGUGUCUCGCUGGAGCAGCGUCAUCGCCGUCGCAGCGCAGAGGGUCCUCGCCGGCUCCUUGCUGGAGCUUCCUCUCGACACCGUCGAAUGAGGUCCUGCGCGACAAGCUGGCUGCAUGCCCCUGCCCCCAGCCGGCGCCCGCUGCGGACCUAG